CUGAAGCUGCCUCCGCCAUCUUGGAGAUGGGAGCAGACGGGCGAUGGCUGUGGUCCUGCUAAUGCAAACGACAAUACAGACGCAUUAAAAGCACCCUGGAGUGAGCCGGACUUUCUCCGCUCCGGCCAGCCGGCGCUAAAGAAGGGAGCGGAGUGUCUAAGUCAGGUGCGCGGUGGCGACGGCGGCAGCUGCUCCUGCCCCUGCCCGCCCCUACGGGCCAAAGCCGGAAGGAUGGUGCAGUCCUGCUCCGCCUAUGGCUGCAGGAACCGCUACGACAAGGAUAAACCCGUUUCCUUUCACAAGUUUCCUCUUACGCGACCUGAUCUUUGUAAAAAAUGGGAGGCUGCUGUCAGAAGAAAAAACUUUAAACCCAGCAAAUACAGCAGUAUUUGUUCAGAACACUUUACUCCAGACUGCUUUAAGAGAGAAUGCAACAAUAAGCUACUGAAGGAGAAUGCUGUACCCACAAUAUUUUGUUUUACUGAACCAGAAGACAAGAAUGAGGACCUCAUGGAGCAACGAGAACAGCUCCCACCCCGUCCUCUAACGCCUCCUGUUUCCCAAGUUGAUGCUGCUCUUGGAUUAUUGAUGCCACCUCUUCACACCCCUAAUAAUCUUGCAGUUUUCUGUGACCACAACUACACUGUAGAAGAUACAGUGCAUCAAAGGAAAAGGAUUCAGCAGCUUGAAGAACAAGUGGAAAAACUUAGAAAGAAGCUCAAGACUGCUCAGCAGCGAUGCCGAAGACAAGAGCGGCAGCUGGAAAAGCUCAAGGAGGUUGUGCAGUUUCAGAAAGAAAAGGAUGCAUUAUCUGGAAGGGGCUAUGUGAUUCUGCCCAAUGACUACUAUGAAAUAGUAGAAGUUCCAGCAUGAAAACAUCCACACACAUUGAGGGGUCUGUAUUACAGGGCCUCAUCAGAUGAACAGGAGAUUCGUUUGGAAAAUUAAACAUUCUUAAUUUCCUUAUGUAAAAGCACUUCAGGACUUUAAAACAAUAAAGUGGAUACGAAAUGUUAAAAUGUAAAUUUUGUCCAUAGUAAUUUUAGUUUUUUUACAAUUUGACAAAUUUUAAAAGUUAUAGACUAACCUCAGAGUGACAAGUUUAUAAUACCUGUUCUAAGAUAGAUUUUUUUUUCUAUUUUCAGUAUUUAUAGAAAUAGUAUAUCUGAAGUGAAAAGAAUUUCAUGCAGUAAAAAUGAUGUAAGUCUGAAAUGAAAAAUAUUGAAAUCUGUUGGUUGAAAGAACUGGUGAUGAUUUAAAUAGAAAGUAUGGGUCAGAUCACGAAACAUACCUUGUCAGCAUAAAUUGACUAUAUUUUCAAAUUAGUUUAUUCAUCUCUCUGCAUCAGUUGGCUAGGCUGUGUUUUGUGUCAAAGGUUUAGUUGUCUCUGGGAAGGAAAAUAUUAAAAUGCUCUCAGAUUUGACAGUUAAUUCUUUUCUCCAUUCUCUGCAUACUUUUGCCUAAAAUGUUUUCACAUUGUAAUGACUCAAGAAUUUUUCAAUACUGGUAAUCUUUACUUUACAGAGUAGAUAUAUUCUAGCUCUGUUGACCAUAAAAUGAAUUUCUUUAAGGAUUCUACUUACCUUCUCUACCCCUCAACCCCAUUCCUGUUAUGACAUGUUUCCGCAAGGGGAAAAAAAAAAACUGAGUGAACUAUUAAAAUUUUUUGGCAAGGAAGGGAUAAAGAUGGUAUCUAGAUCUUGACAUACUCUUGGAUCAUUUCUCCUCAUCCCUUUUGGACUGAGUUUUAUAAUGUGUUAAUAGUGCUGAUCAGUAAUAUCAUU